CUACGUGAACAUGUCUAAGUCUUGUAUGCCGCCUAUCUCCGAUAAUUCGUCGACGUCCAGCCGCCUCCCUAGGGCCUUCGACGACUCAAUCAGCUCCUCAGGAGAAUUUGCAAACAGGAAGGUCCAGUCCAGGAAAGAAGGGCAGGCAGACAGCAGCCCAUUGAAGUGGUCGACGAUUGUCGAUAUCUUGAUUAGGCCGAAGAAGCCAAGGACGAAGAAGAACGGGCGGACUAUCAUCUUCUGCGCAAAGCUCAGCUUCGUCGUAAUAAUGUAGUCGUAGACGUCUUGCAGCUUCGAUGUCGUGACCUGCAAUCGAGCAGAGCACAAUGACUCGCAGAAUGCAGUGUGCCUGUGGCUUGUUCUUAUGUGGCUUACGCAGAACAUCAAGAGGAAGAAAAGGCACCAGAAUAGGUAGCAGAAGCCGAGAACUACGCCAACUUUCUCUUUUCUGCGCCACUGGCGGAUGAGUUUCUUUUUGUCUUGCAGGUGCAUCGGCUGAUGCACCACACGCUUGGCAAACAGCUGUUUGAGCAGCAUGGGGACGGGGACAGAGAAGACGAUUGAGAAUAUCGCCACCCAAACCUGACGGCAGCCACAAAAUGACAUUCCUUGUGGGAAUUCUCCUCUUUCUUUCUUCUUUCAGGCGAGACCUGCCGCCAGUUUAUCUGGAAUGUUGCCUCGUUGGGGUCCUCAAAGACGCAGGGCACCGCUGCUUCCUCCUCCUCUUCAACAGGCUGCUCCAGGAUCUUUUGCUGCAGCGAGGCAUUGUACGAUAUCGCAUCUGAAAGACAGACUGACACCUGGUGAGCAACUGGUGGGAGAGAAAUCGCUAAGUGGCUGUACUCAUGAAGGACGAUCGCAGCCUUUGCCGCUCCCUCAGCGACCAGACAGAGACAUUGUACAGCCACCCCUCAGUGUAAGGGCCUGUCAUUUUUGUCAAAGGAGGAGAUUUGUGUCUCUGCCCUGGUGCAUCGGAUCGGACUGUUACUGUCAUUGAUCAGAUAUGCGGCGUCGUCCAGUCGCCUAUUAGUUUCAGACACUGUUCCGCCAAUGGGCGCCUUGAGCUGAAUCAGCCGAGUCAUUGUCUCGAUCUCACUGGCCAGACCACCCUGAUUGCAAAAACAAAAGACACUUCCUUCGGCAAAUGAGACACAAGUGUACCGACCGGUUUGAGCUCGAUGCCGACGACGGGCUGGCCGACAAAGAUGACGUCUCCCAGUACUGAUUGCCUGUAGUCGGUCAGCCCCACCGUAGCCGAAACCUAGAGCAAUCGUUCAGGUGAAGCGGAUCAGACAUCCGUGUGAAAACAUAAAAGGCAGCACCUCUGGGUCACUUUCAAGGUCCCCAAAGACCUUUAUCCACUGGUCAUCCGUCGUGUAGAGCAAAUCAGUCGGGAUGCUGAACGACGCCUUUGGAAGGCUGGGUGCCGGAGAGGGCACGUCCGUGUCGUUGGUUGGCAGCUAUGCUGUCCGUCGCGUUGCUUGCAGGGACAGGUACGCACUGCAGAGCGGUGGCCGUGCUCGUGAAGAACAGAGCGCCGACGAAUGCGGUGCCCAACGUGGCACAUGCAAGUAAUAGAAACCUGAGAGGACACACGAGGGAAAGAAAGGUUCUCAAAGCUCUCAUCUGUUCUGGCCGCUGUCACUGCUCACCUCUGCAUGGAUGUGAGCAUUGCGUUUGGCUGCAGCACUUUUGCAAGCGGGUGGUUCCUCAUGAAAACAUUGGACGCCACCUUUGUGUUUGGCCAGGAAAAAAACUCCACUUGUCUGAGGAUCUGCUGCUCUUCCUGUGGAAGUGCACUUGUGUCCUGUCUCUCGAACUUCUUCUCUGCAGCCAAAUCGGGUGCGACCGGCGCUGGCUGCUCCAAAGGGGCCGGUGGCGCACUCUCCGGCUUUUGUCGCGCUUGAAAGUGACUUUUGGGCACAUCAGACAGGGAGACAUUGAGAAAAAGGUCGUCGAAGUGCAUCUAUACUUGAUCACCGUCUGAAGGUUUCUAUUGCUUGGAGAAUCUCCUCCGCCACUGCCGCAGUCGACGUGGAGACAAUGAUGUAGACUGAGGGCUCAGUGGCUGUCGCACACGGGCCAGGGUCAGCAGGUAGGGAGACGGGGGAUGCAAGGUGCGUGCAAUUGAGAUGGGGACCUUCUCUUGUACAAGUGUCUCCUGAAAGUGCUCAUCGCUUGUGAAGGAGAGCAGCUGUGCUUGCACCAGACCAGACCAUCGAAGGGAAUGCCGAUGCUUGCAGGCCCCCCUUCGUCAGUGGUUCCCAUUUCUUCGUCGACUUGAGUUCUCUUCAACACCGUCAGUCCCGAAGAGUCCACGUCAAUCACUGAGGCCGUAAAGGAUGCUCCGAGGCUGCUGAAGGAAUAGAUUUCGUUCUCAAAUGUAACGGCCUCGGCCUUCGAGGUUUCGGAAGGACCGUGAAUGGCCGAUUCCGCAGCGACAGAUAUGUGAGACGGCUCCUCUUCCUGCACGAGCCUGUAAUAUACACAUGUCUUGUUGGUGUGGUGUUCUCACCUCCUCGAUUUCUUCCAGCUCGACCGCUGCUUCGUCCACCGCUGCUUGUGCUUGUCGCGUCUCGUCACCCUCUGCCUCCUCAUGGCGGCUUUCCUCCUCACCGACGUGCCAUAGGCGGGUCUGCCAGGCACGCCUGCCCCUCCUGAUGGUCUCAGUGAACCUCUCAGCGUCCUCUCUCGGCAAGAAAAGGUGGACUUGGACCUCAUUCAGCCGGUCCUCAAGAUCAGGGGCUUCCAUCUGGGCCGCUCGUUGCUCUAUGGCUUCCUUGAGAAGCUGCGUUGACGAAUGGACCGUCAGGCUGAUGUCGACGCGAACGACCAAGUUGACGGCCGCUUCAGACUCACCAGAGAAAUGCUCAGUCUCGAACCCCUUGGCGAGUUUUCCAUACCAUCUCUGAGAUUUUCUGCUUUCAGCCGACUCUUCACCUUCGCCAAUCGGCUCAUCUGCCCAUUCAACUCCACAAAUGCGGACCCAGUCGAUUUGGACCUGAUUCGACCCUCUCCGCAAGACCAAGCCAAAGUCAGUCACAUCAAUCGCCACAAGAACUCCACGCACGCCCUCACGUGACGUUUUUGCAUCCAAGAACAAGGCCUCUAAGGCUGCGUCCCUAAGACAGGCAUGUGCAAAAACAUACAAUUGUGAGCAAACAGCUUUUCCGGGAUGUCUUACUGUUUCAUUGACUCUUCUUCGUCGAGCAGCAUGACCAGAGCUUUGUCCAGGGUGAAGCUGAUCGAUUCUGUGGACAGCUCUUCCUCCUCCUCACGGAUUUGUCUGAUGAUAUCCUGCAUCACCUGGUCCCUCGCCUCCGGCAACGGCUCCACCUCGCCAGGCUCGGGGUGUUCAGAGAGCAUGACCCCCUGGAUGGCCUGUGCUAGCGCGUCUUUCCGCACAGAGCGUCCCUGCUGUCUCUCCAUAACCAAGACCUGCUCACGCUCGGCCGGUUUGGGCUCGGCCCUGGUUUCUUCAAAAUACGUCCCACUGCGUCUGCUCGCCUCCUCUGCGAGGACUAUCAAGAUCUCUUUGGCAUCGUCGCCGGCUCCGUCCAGGGCCUCCUGCACUUCCGGUGGGUAGACGUAGCUUGUUUCGCCGAAGAAUUGGACAAGCAUUGGUUUUUGCGUAGCCCUGCCGUAUUUCUUCAAGCGGUAGCCCUGCGCGUUGCGGAACUCAGGUUUGCAGAGGGCGUCCUUGAUCGGCAGUGCCACCUCUCCCAGCAACGACCCUCCUCCUCCCAUCUUUGGGCAGCCAGCCGACCCUCAACACAAGGGCACCGAAAUCCCUCGGACCUGAGACUUUGAUGACGUUCUUGCCGAUGUCCGUCUGGGUGAACUGGAAAGACAGCUCAUCCACCGGUGACACCUCGACCACAUCCGCUGCUGCCGUGAUUGCGUAGGACGGGACGUGGCGGUCGAGCGGUGGUCCUGUUGGAGCCUGUGGCCCCGUCUCGCGAGAAAACAUGCCGAAGCAAGCCUUCUGAACUCGUCCAAAGAGGUCGGCAACGGCCCUUUUUUGCGGUUGUGCUUCUUCCUCCUGAGGGAAUGGCUGAGCUUGGCUGCCAGACAGCUGCUCGGUGAGGUAGGCUUCAAUAUAGAUAUUCAUUGCCUUAUUGGCCGUGACUGGGAUAUUCUGAGCCGACUGAAUCUGGAUUGUGGCCGUCCUCCCGCCGCUCUCAUCAUCCUCAACAUGGUAAUUCAAUUGCAUAGUCGCGGUUGGCAGGAUGGCUGCAUUAAGGGACAACGGAAUGCGUAGUGGCUCACUUGUUGGCUGGCGACGAGAUGACAGACUCAGCACCGCUUCAGCCAGACGCGCAGGGUAAUCGGUCAGGCUGCUGUCGACAACUCUUAGCAGAAUCAUGUCCUCCUGUAUGCGCAUUCACAACAAACAUACCUUUCAGGCUCUUUCUCGCUCAUUCGUUGUCCCUUCUCACCUUCCUCUUAAAUGGGAGCUCUAGACUGCAUUCUGCCGCUGGGAAUCGUGUGACAGGCCCCUUGUCGACGGUGGGCGUCUGCACCAGAUCACUGUCGUUUUCAGGAUCGGGCAGCGGCUUGCCGGCCUCGGACAAGAAGGCCAGUUUGUGCGGCUCGAGGACAUAAGCCUCCACAAACACAGGCUCCGGCUCGCUGCGUGCCACGUCCAGCCUUGUCGAGGUCUUCACUGCUGCUGUCCUGACCUUGGCCUUCUUCCGGAGCAAGAGGGGCACAAACCCUUGGGUUGGCUCGGCCGUGCUUGCCAGGACUUCGAGCGAUGACGGUAGCCCAGCCACCUGAGAGAUCUGGAUCUUAAGCAGUUUGCGACUCGCCACCGUGUCCUUCAGUUCAUCCACUUUCUCCAGCAGUUGCGAAUCGUGCCACUUACUGAUCAGCUCCUUCAACUGUGGCGAGACACAACGAGCAAAUAAGACCGUCAAGCAGAGAGCAUUCUUGUACCCUUUCGCGGCGGUCCUUCGGAUUCUCAUACCCCCGCAGGCCUGGCCGGAAUCUCUGCACUUGCCGGACAAUCAGUGCUGGAACGGACAACACAAAAGGUGAUAUGUGGGAUAACUCCUCAUUGUAUUUCAGCACCGUUGUCGCCUGCCCGCUUCAUUCGUUCCUCCGCCGACCGACGAAUCUCCUCGGCCUGGGCGUCCAGAUAGCCUUCCACGACAGACAGGCCCGAAAACUCACUCUCAGUGUCCAAAUCAUAAUACCCUAUAAGAAAUCGGACAAACAAAAGAAAUCGGAGUCGCCUGGCGUUCCUACCAGGCGCUCCUGUUGGCAU